AUGAUCAGUAAACAUACGUCGAACUGGGAUACUAACUCCCAGAAGUCCGAGUUCAUCAAUAACCAUGAUCUCGAGACACUGUCUCGUUCCCUGAACGCCUUUCCUGUAAUGCUAGAGACGAAUGACAUCGCACUCCAGCAAUGGAUCUCUGCGCUUAUACAAUCGUUCAAUCCUGAAGGAAUCGGUUAUCAGAUCCUUCAGAAGCACCUCGACGAGCUUGACCGCUGUCAUAACUGGCAUGAGGAUCAAGUAUCCUCGAAAGAGCACGUGGUUGGUAAUGAACCAUGGGGGAAGUCUGAUCAAGGGUACGUGUCCCAACAGACCUCUAACGAGCGUCCAUCGGUACGCCCGCGAGAGAACGUUCCCAACAUGCGACCCAAAAGAAGGCGCGUGUCGAAAAGGAACCUCCGUACAAAAAAAGUCAAGAAGUAUGCGGACGAGAAGUUGUAA